GACAGCUGACAUGAGCUGUGUUUUGCUUCACCCCUAGGAGAGUGCAUGCCACUGGAGUGCAACCUUUCUACAGGACAAUCUUUUCUUCAGUGAAUCAUCAACAUGGAUGUGGUUUUGGAUACCUCCCUAUUUUUGGGAAAAUUUGUAUAUUAUUUUCUAGAAUCUUUAGUUUACAAGAUAAUUCCCAAGACAAAAAAGGAUGUUGCUGGAGAGAUUGUGCUUAUAACAGGAGCUGGAAGUGGACUUGGGAGGCUAAUGGCCACCAAAUUUGCUAGCCUGGGAGCUAUUUUAGUUCUGUGGGACAUUAAUGAAGAAAGUAAUAUGGAAACAUGUAGGCUGGCCAGAGAAAAGGGUGGCGUGGAAGUAUUUGCCUAUAAGUGUGACUGCAGCAACAGGCAAGAGGUCUACAGAGUUGCUGAUCAGGUUAAAAAAGAAGUCGGUAACGUGACCCUUCUCAUUAACAAUGCUGGAAUUGUGACGGGAAAGCUGUUUCUCAACAUCCCAGAUGACAUGGUGGAAAGAUCAUUUCUUAUAAAUGCCUUGUCUCAUUUCUGGACUUGUAAGGCCUUCCUUCCUGCCAUGAUGGAAGCUAACCAUGGUCACUUGGUCUGUAUUUCAAGUGUAGCAGGACUAAUUGGUAUUAAUGGACUAACAGAUUAUUGUUCAAGCAAAUUUGCAGCUUUUGGCUUUGCUGAGUCUCUCUUCUUAGAAUUAAAAAUGAUACAGAAAAGUAAUAUUAAAACCACUAUUGUUUGUCCAUAUUUCAUCAAAACUGGAAUGUUUGAUGGUGCUACAACCAAGUAUCCAUUUCUGUUGCCUAUACUGGAACAGGAGUAUGUGGCCCAGAAAACUCUAAUUGCUAUUUUAGAGGAACAACCUUACUUAGUAAUGCCCAAAUUUAUGUAUUUUGCAUUGCUCUUGAAACAAAUGUUAUCUCCAAACAUGAUGCUUGCCCUUGCUGAGUACCUUGGAGUAGAUACUUGCAUGGCUUCUUUCAGAGGAAGACAGAAAGCAAUGGAAAUUGAGACUGAAACCAAGAGGGAACACCAAAGCUGAAGCCUCAAAUAU